ACGCGUCCCACCAUGAUAGAUGACGGGGACGAUGACAGCUUGGAGAAGGAGCUAAAGGAGUCUGCGAUGUACUCGCCGCAGGUGUCCGAGCUGCACCUUCAGGCAGAGGACUUCUCCCACUUUGACGGCCCUGCCUUGUCGCUUUGGCACCUGCGACAGUUGUUGCUUGCGCCGCGCCGAACGUCACCUGACGCCUCCACUUCAACCAUGCCUCUCUCGACGCUGCAUACAUUGACGAAGCAGUUCAUGCAUGCCAUGAGCGUUGAAGAAGAGGUGCAUAUGGUGGAUGUGUCCUUCGUACCGGAAACGCAAGCGUUGCCGAAGGGCAUGGCGACAAUCGUCCAAGCGUCCCCUGCGUCCGAUGCGGCCGACUUUCGCCUCCAUGUGGCGCCGCAAACAAAUCUGUACCUUUCUUAUCAAAAGUACCGCGUCGUAGUGUGUCUGGACGCGAGUCCGUCGACGCUGUCCAUUGACCCGAUCUCCGGGACUCUGAUCUUGGACAUGGCGUUUCAAGCAAUCGACUUGUUGCUGCAUGGACUCGUCCAGCAGCUAUCGUCGCCGCCACCAACGGCGGGCUCGUUCGUCUUUCCCGACAUCUACUUGUCCGUCAUCGUACAAGGCGCCAUGGUGGAUUCGCUCUGCGUGCUGGUUCAAAACGUCACGCUCAAUGCGGCCAAUGUUCGUGAUGUUCUGGGACUUAUCAAGUACCGCCUCCAACUUCUUGAAGACGACUGGGCCAAGCAGCCUCCGGCGCUAUCGAGCGUGUUCUCUGACCCGACGUCCCUCGCCACCUCGCUCCAGAACGCUAUCUUCGCACUUAACUCGCUGCCCCACGACGCAUCGCCCAUGCUGUUUCUUGUCACUGAUGGUGUCGUCGAUCUGCCCAACAUGUACGCGUACGACGACCUCAUGAUGCAGCUUGCGCGACACAAUAUUCAAUGCCAUGCCAUCCAGAUAAGUGGGGGAUACCAGCCCCAGUGCGCCUUUGGGUACGUCCCGGAUACGGACCUCCUGCGCUUCCUCGCCGACGCGACGGGAGGUUCCCUCUUCGAUGUCCCGACUCUCCGCUUGCUGUCCAAGACCACGCCGCAUCCUCUCUGCGCAAACGGGCUGCAGCCAGUGCUGUUUUUCAAACCGUCGCUCGUCUUGCCACGAGCCCUCAGGUGGGACAUGCCACGCGUGGUCGACGCUGAGCCGUUGGCCGCCCUGAAUGCGUUCCGCCCUCUUCGAUUGUUCCGGGAAAAGAUCCACGAAUACAAGAUGCGCGGCAGUGUGCUCAAAAUCGUCCAAGCGCGGCUCCAGGAAGGCUUCUACAUCUCCAAGGUCCAAGUUGACCCGAUGCUCGUCGUGUCGUGCCUGCUUCAGUGGAAAUCGGACAUUUGGCUCGAGUACACGGUCGCGGCCAACUUCACGUCGACGGACAUGACACUUCGUGUGGACGUGAUGGCGCCGGCCAAGUUUCUUGACGAAUUUGCCACCAAACAACGUGGGAACGCUCACUAUGACGGUAACUCGAACGCUGCCAAUGGCGGCAACUCGUCGGGCGGGAACGCCGCCGUGUCGGGUGGCGCGUCGUCGUCUGGCGGGGUGUCGAGCGGGACGUCGUCCAUGGAUCGAUCGGCAGCGGCCACGAACAUGUUGAUGCCUUAUAGCAGCCCGACCACGAAAGCGCUCCACACGUUUUUGAAAGACCUGCAUGAACGCGACCGCAUUUUGCUGCAUCUCAUGUCGGCCAUCCAAAUGCAAGCGACGCUGGAUACCGAGACCAAACCGAUUUUGCACUUGUUUUCUAGGACAGCGACGGCCGUGACUUCAGCGCAUCCUGUGUUCACCCUGCUCGGCGACCUGUCCCCACUGCUGUGGCACCGAUGGUUUCACGUCGAGCGCUUUGAACUCAUCGACGUCGACUGGGCGGCUGAGAACGACACGUCGUUCGUCGCUGCGGAUGCGCUGCACAAGUGGGCCACGAUGCAGCUCAGUCCGAACAACUAUCUAAAGUUCCUCGCGAACGACACUGCGUCGGGAACGUCGGGGUCGCCGUUGAAAUCUUCGUUUUCGCAACAAAUGCAGUCGUCGAUGGCCACGAAAACCGCAGCGUCUGCAAGCACAAAGUCCACCGUAAAUCGAAAGCAACGUGGGUCGCUCAUUUCCUUGGCCGCGGCCGCCGCGACCACAGCGCCUGCCCAGAAGAAAGCAGUUUGCUUUGUACGGCUCGAACGGUCCACCACGUCGGCCAUGGUCGUAGUUCACGUCGCGUUUUACGCGGCAAAGACAGCCAUUCGCAAGGCGGUGCUGGCAGAACUCAAGCGUUUACUACAUUCCACGACAAGUUCCAGCACCGGAACGGGACUCGUCGUUUGCCACCGACUCAUCCAGAGACUGCUCUUGGAACCACAGGCCCUGACUUGGCUCAUCGCGCCCGAGCAGCCCGUCGCCGCGCUAACACAUCCUCCAAGUUGUUGUGGCGGAUCGGGGGUGUCGACACCAGUAUUUGCCGCAUCCAUGUGGCACGUUGUAUGGUUAUGGCAUAUUCCAUCGCAGCACCAAGAAGAAGCAAUUCAAAGGCUGCAGUUGAAUCGACAGAACGAAGGGGGGCUCGUGAUGCUUCAAGCCACGCCAACAUUCGUCUUGCUCGUGCAGGAGGUGGUUGUGUGGAAUAGCGGUCGCCCGACGACAGCGUUGUACCAGUGUGCGAUCGCGGCCGUGUCAGAGUCGACCGUCAUGACGUCGUUUUGGAUGGAACCUGUGACGGGGAUGAUCGAUCCGCUUUCUGAACCACCCAUCGCGCCCACCACGAACUGCCCACCGCAGAUUUUUGGAACCCCCCCGCCAGCCUUGACCACGCCGCAGACGACCCACCAGGACGUGUCGACCAUGCUGACUGACACGCAGUGGUUUGAACAAAUGCAGCACCAACUGUACCAAGCCGAUUUACACGUGCUCUCCUGCCUCCUGACGUUCCACAGCAUUGUCCAGGCAACGAAGGACGGCAUGCGCAUCGUCGAGCCUCCGGCCGAAGUUGUGUUAUCCGAGCCACUCAAUGGGUUCCCCGUCCACAACUCGCCGUUUAGCGCCGCGCGAUUGAUGACGACGACAUCCCCCAGCACGGAGCGGUUCCUGCUGUACAUGGCGGAUGACUAUAAAGCCAACGAACACUUGCAUUCGAUGGUGCUGGAUUCGUUUGUCCGCCUUGCCGACUGCGAAGUCGCCUGGACAGAAUUCAACCCGCCGCCGCACGUCCCGUCCGGCCCGCUGUGGAUCUCCCCGUCGACAGCCAGCUCGUUUUCGGCCAACUCGACGAUGAUGCCACCACCGCCGGGUCGAUGCUUUGCCAAAGUCGUCGGUGAAUCCACGCUUCUACUUGCGUUUAUUCCAAUGCUGGAAACGAAUCGGACACAGACGACACAUCAAGUGGAGUCGGCGCCUCCACACGAUUCCCACGUGUCCCUCGGGUCGGAGGACGAGAACGAGCGCCUGAAAUGGCUCGCCGGCCUGUCGUCUUCGACUGCGUUGUCGCCCCACGCCGGGCACAUGAAGAUGCACGACUUGCUCUGGUUUGAGCAACGGCGACAAUGGAUGUCCAACGACACGACCAUCCAUCACGUCGACGAUACCAGCCGAAGCGUUCCGUUUGACGUGUUGCCGAUUCAGCUUUACGAAUGCUCCUUGCCGCUCAAACCUCAACACCUUCCAGUGGCACCGGCAAAACGAACUCCCGAUCUCGAUGCGUUUGUGGGGCAGAUUCGAGCUGCCCACAAACUUAACUUUUCCCAUGGCGUGUACCAUGCGCUACGAAGCGGCGCGCACAUUCAGCCGUGUGAUCUGCUUCAAGCGCUUUGGAGUUGUGUGCAUGUGCCGUUGGAUGUCGACGUCACGCGGCUACACGCGAUGUUACCGCUGGAGGCCGACAGGGCCGGCGGCGGCAAUGGAGCGCAUCUCUUGCCGUCUGUGUCGUUGAACAUGGCGCUAUCCGAGUUGAUCUCCGUGUCGCUUACCUCCAUCCCGCAAACACAAUGGUACUACUUCACCGGCGCGGUUGCCGACUACGAAGAUGAAACGACGGAAAGCCAUCUCCACAACGACGACGACGGUGCUUCCCCGAUUAACGAUUCGGUCGAGGCUGAACAGACAUCGACGUUCUUUGUGCGGUUUGAGUGCUGGCAAGACGAUGCGUCAUCGUGGAUUCCGACGCCGACCGAGUCCUCGUCGUCGUCCACUGGUCCUCCCAGGUCCAAGGGCGUUGGCGUUCUCAGCGAGUCCAACCACCUCACAGACGUGUUGCGAAACAUGGCGCAACACAAUUUGGCGGCAGCUGACGACCUGUCCAUGUCGCUCAUCGAUCGCGUGCUGUGGCUGUCCAACAAGCUCAAAGAUUCGCACCAUCCGCGGCUGUACCUGCGACUAGUCGUGAUGACUCUUGCGCCAGAAACGCAAGACCCCCAUCAGCCGACCAAACUCCCACCAGUCCUCCACCGCCUUCGCAACUCAAUCCAAGAACUGUGCGCGCAACACGUCCUGGCGAUCUUGCAGUGCCUGCCCCCGCGAUCGCUGGAGAGUCCCCCACUAGGCGCGUUUAUUCGGCUGCUCUUUGACGAGCUUCCUCCCGCCUAUGUCCGCCAAGUGCACUACCCAUUGGCGUUCCUGCCGCUGGAACUCCCCGACUGGCCAACGCUGCACUUGUUCCACGAUCAUUUGUUGUCCGACAAUCCAUGGCUGCAACUCGUCCGGUGCGAUCAAGUAUACUUCAUCAUCGAAGGGGAUGGCGAGCCGAUCCGAUAUUGGGCAUACUUCACCGUCGCCGUCGACUCGGUCUGCCUCCAUUUACACAUCCCGCCAACGUCGACCCUUGGCGGUUCGACCUCUGGACUCGACGAACUUAGUCUCCUCACAAGAUUGCACCUUGGGAUUGCCGCGACUGUGACGCAAGUGAACCAGUUUCUCCUGUUGCAGCAAAUGCACGAAACGCGAUCAUGCAGUCCGCUGCUGCUGCCCCCACCGCACAACUCGUCAACGACGUUAGUGUCGGCCACGUCGUCGACCAAAGGAACGCCACUGACGUCUCGAAGCAGCAGCAAUAACCUGUUUGACCCUGCGUCGCCGGGAAGCGCGGUGUCAACGUUGUCGCCCGCGAUAUUCUUUUGGCCCGGCCAAUUUGAAUGCCCGCUCAAGUUCCAGACGCAGUUCGUUCUAAAGUCUCGGUUGGUGCCGCACUUGGCACUCAACAUGCUGUGCUCGUCCGCGCUCGAGCAGUUCCAGGUCCACAAUCGUCAUCACUUGUUUGUGUACCGCGACAAGCGAGGUCAUGUGUUUUACAUGACGUUGGUGGAUAAAUCGGUGGUGCCCGCAGACAAACAGCAGAUGCAUCCGCACAGCCAAGGCUCGUCCAGUUCGUUGUCUGCAAUCGAGCUACAAGUGUUUGGGAUUCGAGAGCCGAGCGAAGAGAUCACGGUCGAACUGUGUCGCGUGCUGGAGCAGAAGCUGGACGACACCCUCCUUCGCAUUCUCAUGAAAGCCAUGCCCACGAUGAAAGCUGCACCGCGAACGCUCCAUUCGUCUGGAGCAUCGUCGACGUCGUCGUCGUCCCGUCAAAACAAACUCACGACGUCCGACUUUGAGUUUCUCGUGCCGGACGUGGCCACGCCGACGUUUUCCGGUUCGCAAGCAGUCCCGGCGGUCGACAGCGUCUUGUUUUUGCACUUUGUCAAGGAAAAACUCGUGGAAACGCCAUACAUUCGACUCGCGCCCCUCGUCGACUCGAUCGACGAUCCCAAGAUCGCUUUGUCGUCCCAUCCUUCCGUGGCGACCGACCUGUUCAAUUCGACGACUUCGUUGGGACACCUAGAAGACGUGACGCUGUUGUCGUUUGUGUUCAACGUGAAUCCAGAACUGAGCGGUCGAUCGGGGUUUGUCGCAAGUCUCGGCAAAGGUCUGGCAUGGGUGAUGCUGGAUGUCAUGGACUCUGUUCCUACUGAAGGAGGACGUGGUACAUCGACGCUGUGGUCCAAGGUGCUGACGUCGUGGCCACAGUUCCCGCAGUCCACUCAAUAUGUGCGGUGGCGAGCGUAUGUGCGAGGUCAACUGAGCGCCGACUUGAUGCAGGAAGUGCUGACGACAGCAGUGCACCAGGCGCUGUACGAAUACGCAAUGGAGGCGAUCCUUAGCCGGACGACAACCCCGCAGACGUCGUAUCACUACUCGGUCGAGACAGUUCGCGAGCUUCGCAAGUUGAUGGACAAGGCUGGCCACUUGUCCGCAACGACGAUCGCCAUGAUGCAACAGCGCGAUAUCGUUCCUUCCUACGACAUGGAGCAUGUCGUCAAGCAACUGGCCGUCCCGUUUGAGCGGCUGCCAUCAAACGUUCAACCACACGUUUUCUUUCGACCGGACACCGACGUGCCGUAUGAACCGUACGAUUUGGUGGACAAAAACGCCCACUCGAUGCUGCAUGCUACCACGUACAGUUUUACAACCGCGUACACGUUUGUCUGUCCCAUGGGCGAAGGCAGUGCAUUCACGUUUGACGAAUCGGACAGCAUGCGACUGAGCAAGUCGUUUUCUGCGUCGUCGCUUCAGUCCGUGGACACAAGCUCGACGUCGCUCAACUCGCCGAUGGUGUCCCCUCGCCAACACAAUGCCAAGGACGUGCACGACCACGACACGAUGCUGCAUUCGACGGUUCUUUCGCACCCGCGGCAUGUGUUUUACCAAGUCGAGUUAACGCACAAAGGGCUCGUAUUUGCCAGCUACAACUGCCACCCCCACGUCCUGGACAUCCUCAGCACGGGGUUCGCCAAGGCGCUCGGGUGGUGCACUCUCCGCCAAACUCUUCUUCGCAGCAUCUUGUUCCAGAAACGAGGGUACACUUUGGCUGCCCCCACAGCGUGUACGAUGCUCCAGCCUAGCGCCAUGGUUGUUCGGCCGCCGUCCAUUUUGGGAAAGGCCCCUGCAUGGACUGGACGAGACUUCACCUCCACUGUGAUUGCGUUCACGCCGCAGGUGUUUCACGUCCUACUCGAUUACAAUACCCCACCCGCGCUCGUGACGUCAACGCUGAACCGAGCUAUCGAAGGCAUGGGCCUUGUCGAGUACCUUCGAGAAACCGGAACACCGAUCGAAGACAUCCAUGCGCGGCCACGCGGAACAAGCAGCUCGACGUCGGAAAAGACAGAAGCCAAUGCCCUUCCUGUCCCUUCCAUGAAUACCCCCGUCGGUCCCCCUCUGCCCCGCACUGGCGUCGCCAACCCUCCCCCGACCACGGCAGCUGCCGUCCGAAAGGCAAAUGUCCCGCCAAAUGCCACCAAUGCGCUCAUGGCGGCCCGAGCCCGGGCUCGAGGUGUUGUAAAACCAGUACCUGUCGCUGCGACAGCUGCUCCAGACGAUUCGGAGAGCAAACUGCCACCUGCAUGGACGUUGACGUUAAACAUGGAUAUGAUGGCCCCUCGGUCGUCCAAAGCUACCAACAAUACAGGAACUCCAGCAAAACACUCAACGACGGCGUCGGCACCCGUGGCCGCAGUCCCGUCUGCCAAGCCACCGAGUGUGCUUCCGCCAAUUCGGCGCUUGUCCAACUCGGAAAAAACGCCGAGCACAUGCAACGAGCAUUUGUGGCGCCAUACGCUUCGAACGCUCCUGCCAUCGUCGUUCAGUCAUUAUAAUCGGAACGAACGCAACGAACUGCUCAAAGCGAGCGAUCCGUUGUCGUAUCACGGCGCGAAACUUCGGUGGGCCCUCGACUUUCACGACCAGCACCGCAUGCGGUACAACCAAGUGUACGACCUGUUCAAGUCGCUCAUGUCCCAAGAAUCGAUGACGGAGCAUUCAAUUCCGUCGUACGCAGUCGACCAGCUCAUGGGCUGCGGUCGAGUGAUGCUGCAUCGCCACUUUGUCGUGAGCUACUCGGGCGUGUGGCCGUCGACUCCGUCCGACGUCGCGCUGGGCCAUAUCAGCGACAUGCUUACAUUGCUGUCGUACGAGAUUCAGUUCAUUUUCAAUAGUGUGUACGCGGCGGUGGGUCGCCUCCACGUGGACUUUCUGUGCCAUGGCGUCCAAGGUGCAACCAAAGCCACCACGGCGCCGUCCACGGACAGCCCCUUGCGCGCAGUGAUCACACAAGUCGCGACACGCCGGGCGACGCUUUACAUGGACCAUGCGCGAGCUUUCCGCUCAGUUCUCGCACGUCAUUUGGAGCGUGCGGGCUUUGCUGAACUGCACAAGCCGUCGUCAGGCGUCGUCUUCGUCAAGAAAGAAACAGAAGGGCUUGUCCUUGUCGGCAUUGCCGACGGGAGCAGCAACGGGAUGAGUGUCCGAGCGUAUUUUGUAUCGGAGCGUGACGUCGUGAGUCUUGACGCCGGGCGGCACCUGCCCCAGUCGAGCUAUGUCCAGUUGACCGGCGACCAAGUCGUGCACACGAUGCACUUUGUCCACACGUUGUUACAUCUACAGCCCAUGGUGUACGACUUCGCCGUGGCCGACUUUCACACGUACUUGCUGAAGACGCUGUCGACGACGAAAGACCAGCUGAAAACGCACUUGCAAACCGCAACAGACUUGCGCCAUGUCACGCACGGCAUGGACGCCCUCGUGGCCAAGCAUCCGUCGCCCCCGACCGGCGCCAACCAUUGCAUCACAGCGUUUGAACUUGACGUGCAUGUCGGGAUGGACGUGUCUGUCUUGAUUCGGUACAUUGCGUGCCAUGCGAAACGCUAUUACGUGAGUGAUUUGCUCGUGUUUGGGACCCCGAAUGCCAUUGCGGCCCGCUCCGUAACAGGACAAUUCCUCCGCAACGUGAACGCGAACGUCGAGUGUCCGCACUCGCUGCUACUGACAAGCAUCGGUCCAGACACGGUCAAGGCCUUUGCCCUCCAUAUGCACCACAACCCGUUCCUGACGACCGAGCUCGUCGCCGAAGUCGAGAAAUUUAUCGUCGAGCUGGUGAAGACUGCCCAAGUGGAUUACCGUCGCGACGUUUUGUGGUCGCAAUUGCUUUGUUCGGGCAAGUCGCUCGCUGUGCAAACACAAAUGCACCUGCCGGCGAAUUGGGUGGUUGAGGUCGGUCCGGAACAGUUGGAAGAAUGCUUGGCAUUGUCCGUGCGGACGCCGUUUGUCUCCAUCGAUCCAAUUCUGGGUGACCUGUUGAAGAUUCCUGUGCCGUGGCACCAAUUCGCGUCGCUGUUGGAGGCCGUGCACAAGGAAACCAUGCGCGAGUAUCACUUCCAGGCCACGCGGCACGUCCUCCUCAUGUGCGUCGGCGCGCGCGACAUUAUGAUCCACAUACAGCACGACGCGACAUCCCAUGUCGAGAUGGAAAUUUGUCGGCGGGACGCACCACCCAACGGAAUGCUGUCCCCGGAGCAGCGCAAGACGCUACGGGAUUUCAUCAACCAUGUCGUGUUCUGGCUGUGGACCCAACUCUAUUAACUAACACUGUGUCGGGCCCGGCUCGACACGUUCCAAUGGAUCGAACUUCUAUCGCUCCUG